GGAGGGGGAAAGAGAGAUUGUGGGAUUCUGGUGGUGAGUGAUGAUUGGAUGAGGAUUUGAAAGGGAGUUUGAAUGUGAGGCAGUUGAGAGUCAGUUGAGGGCAGUGGGUUCUGGAGGGGAUGGUUGGGCAACUAACUAUUCAGUUUAGGAUAAGUAGUCUAGUCAUCAUUUUUGUAAAAAAGCAGCAUGUACGAUAAAGAGAAUUUGAGGCCAUAAGCUCAGGUACACACGCCAUCCUACAAUCAUUUAGAGAAUCAUCCAUACAGCCUCCUUCAGUGAGGGUGCAAUACCUAGGAUCUGGACCAAACAUUGAUUUUUUUAUUUUGAUUUUUUUUUGCUCUUUUCUAGUUUCAUUGGUUUAUGUUCUGGUUCUAAUGAUGUAAUAGGGGAGGGGGCUCUUUAAAGACUGGGGGCUGCCACACACUCCUUUUCUUCUUAAAAAACAAUAAUUUCCCCUCGUUUUCAAAAGCACAUGCAUUGUCUCCUUCUUCAGGUUCUUCAGUUACAUUUGCUGUGAGACAUUGGUGUUAUAUGCAGUAUAGGGUUGGGAAGAAAGGGGGGCCUCAUCGUGCAGAUUAUCAUGAACGCAGAUUUCAGUUUGCAAGUGGAGUAUGAAAGCAAACACAGAUGGGAAAGAAGUCUGAUGCUGCCUCAAUAAACCUCAGUUAGCCAUAAAAAAGCUGAUGGGAAGCCAUCACAAUGCAGUGUAUGCAGCAAAACUUUAAAGGAAACUCAGUUUGCCACUGUGAGGCACUUCUUGGCUUAGUCUCAUCAAUAAUUCUCUGCAAAUACCAAAAAACAAUUGUCUAAAGAAAAUUGACCAAAUCAAACUCUUUUGUGGCCAAUGAAUCUACACCUUAAAAGAAAGAAAGAAAGAAAGAAAGAAAGAAAGAAAGAAAGAAAGAAAGAAAGAGCUAUCACAGGGAAGAGAGUUGGCUAUUUUUUUAUGGCUAGUUUAAAUAAGUUCUUUGGUACUGUUAUCACACAUUGCUUUUUUAAAUUUUUCAGAUGGAAUUGCAAUAAUCUCUAUCAUGUUUCCUCCUUGCAACAAACCUGCAAACCAUUUUUCAGAUGGGAAACUAAGGUCUAGAGAUAGCAACCGGUCCAAGACCUCACAAAGAGCAUAUGGAAGAGGGAAGACUUGAAAACACCUCUCCCAAAGGGACAGUUUUCUGACUCUUGGCUCUUGAGGUGCAGCAGAGCCUCAAGCCAAAAUCUGCUCAUUUCUUUGUGCAAUCAUAUUUCUGGAGUGUCCAUUUUUGUGUGUGCUGUGGACAAGAGCCAGAAUAGCGGUUAUUCAGUCUUAGCUCCGCCAUUAGAUCUUGUAAACAUUGAGAUCAGAUGUGUUUACACUGUCUGUACUCCAAAAAGUGGGUCUUUGGGAUGCAAAUGACUAUUGCUGCCUGUAAUUGUAUACCUACCCCUGUAAGGAACUGCAUGUUAGACGCUACUAAAAUAGAUCAGUUUUGUUAAUCUUUCUCUACAGUUCCUAACUUUUUAAUAUUUGAUGAGAUUUCAAGGGCCAGCAGCCUUACACUUAUUUAAUUUUGUUUAUUUGAAAGUUUUAUAUCCAUGAUGGGAGAAGUGGAAAUCUGCAUGUAAGACUUAGCUAAUAAUAUUUCCUCCCUAGCUCUCAUUUCUUCAUAUUUUUUCCUUACCCAUUGACAUUGUUAUCAUACACCCCAUUGAACAGGCAAAUGACCCUGGCUUUAUCUUCAACUGUCUCUGGGCUGAAUCUCUCUCUCUCUCUCUCUCUCUCUCUCCUUUGUUCUCCAUAGUCAGUCCCUUGCCAAGAGAUGUUGCUUCUCCCAUUACAACUUGUACAAAAUGGCUGAAUAGUUUCAUUUCAUCAUAAGAGGUAUAAAAACAUCCUUAUGAUCAGGUCUGUUUUCCCUGGACUAUAAUUGUCAAUUGACAUCCAUUCAUAUUUGGAUCCUCUUUAUCAGAUAGGUACAUAAAAUCCUAUUUUAUUCUUAGUAAGCAAUGCUUAAUUUCUAAAAUAAGAUAUGCUGGACCUCAAGACUUUCAAGAAAUAAUGUCUUUUGAUUUAGAGUCAUUUCUCCAUAAACUGAGAUGUGUGAUGAUUAGUUCUAUUUUUAAUCAAGGAUAAGCUAAAAGAAUGGCACACUGCACAUGCUCAAAGUCACUCUUUAGAAUUGUUUCUCACAUUGCAGGGUUGAAGUGCUACACAGAAAAAAAAUCAGGUUCUAUAGGAUCCCUGUACCAAAUGGCCAUUUGACGCAUUAUGUUGUCUUUGAUGAGUAUCUAUUAUGAAAUGAAACAUGAGGAACACAUGAAAUGGGACUAACCCAUAAUUUGUAAAAAAUAUGUGCUUCUUACAGAAAGCCAGGUUUAGAUGCAACUCUCCUUCAUGCCUAUUGCUGAAUAGAAGCCUGUUACUUAUUCUGAGAUUGUAUAGGUGUUUAAUUUAACAUUUUACCAGCUGCAAUACUGGGUCUGUAUUUUGGAUUACUUAUUGGUAUUUAUUGAUUUGUUCUGAUUUGUUGCUCUUUUAUGGUAUGUAUUUCAGGUUCUAUUUUAUAAGCUACUCUCGAAUAAUUUGGGUGCUUCUAGAUAGGUGUUUACUGUGAGCUCAGUGCUUAUCAAGGAUGCAAUUUUUUUUUUGCAGCACCAUUUUGAUGGUAUCAUUGCCAUCAAAAUGUCAGCCUGUAAUUUCCCACUCCCUCAUUUAAUCCAGAUUUAUUCUUUCCAGGGAAAUCAGGGUGGGUGGGAUGAUUAGUUAACACCUGUUGACAGCAACCUGUUUGCAACAUCUGAAUGGCCUGUUUGCAGUAUUAAGCUCCUCAUUGGAAACACCCUUUGUGUAGAGAAGUGAGAUAAAAGUAAUUAACUAAACCACAUUAAACAUCUCAUUUCUUCUGAAAAGGGUCCUGUGAUGCUCUGGAAUAAGUUUUAGAAUGAUAUUCAAACUAAUUUAUUACAAUUAUAAGUUGCUUCCUAUGAAGCAUCUCAAAGCAAUGCCACAAUAAAGGACAAUGAAACAGAGGGGGCAACAACCAUUUUACAUAUAAAAACAAUUUAAACAAUUUCAAGUACACAAGCUUGUUUGUGUUAUUCUAAAUAUGCAUGUGUGUGAUGUAUUUUUUAACUCUACACAUGCACGAUUAAUAUUAAUACCUGUAAUAACAAAUAGGAAAAGCGCCCUAACCAGUUCUCACAGUCUACUUUCCCUAAGUUCCUGGUCACUUUCUGGGACGGACCUAGCAUUUCUUGUCACCUGGAUACUGUUUCGAUGGUACCUUCAACAACUCGCUUCGACUCCGUUACUCCCCGCGACCCCGGGGCCCAGGUUCCCAAACUGUUUCCUUGUGGGAGGUGGGGGGCUUUGGAAGAAACAAACAAACCCAUGGAGCUAACCGCCGCAUCCAUCCUUUCCAGGCUUCUCCUGCCCCUCCGCACGACUGUGGAUGCGGUUGCCGAGGCAACGGAGCCCCAGCAUCUCUCGUCUCCUAGCAACCGUUGCCCGAGCUGCCGAGCGCUGCUAAGGCGGGCAUCUCCCGCUCGCUCCCUCCUUCCCUCCUUCCCUUUCUCUCCUCCCACCCGGCGCUGGGACCUGGCCAGACGGGGAAUGCGCAAGCUCCGGCCCGGCCAGGCGGACGGCUUAGUUGCAUCCCCAUCAUGGCGCUCAGGCGGCGGGCGCUCCUUCUCCUGCUGUUGCUUCCCAUGUUCCGUGAGUCUCGCCCGGCUGGGGAGCGGGAGAGGUCCGGGGUUUGGGGUUUGGGGGAGGCGGGUCGCGCGGGCUUUGCCUAGAGGGACCCCGGUUUUUAUUUGCGGGGGGAUAACGAGGCUGAGCGGUUUGCAGCGGAGUGGGGCGAUUAUACUUCAGCCCCCUCCCCCGCCCAUCAUUGUUUUCAGCAGCCACGAGUUGGAAAUUUGAAGGGGCGGGGGUGCCUGGCUGCUGUGCAAGCAGGGCGGGGGUCAUGCGUGAGCUUUGCACCCUUCCCAUCAUCCAGGAGCGAAGGCUGCCUGGGACAAUAGAGGCUAUUGAGGGUGGCUUUUGCAUUCACAAAUGUGUGGCUUGGGGAGGGUUUUUUUUUUAGGUGGGGGGGAUGUUGAGUUUUGCAACGGAGAGGGCAGCAACAUUUAUUCAAACUAGAAGGGAGGGAUGAAAGGGAAAGUUUUAACCCACUUUUUUAAAGUGGUGAGAGAAAGUCUUUCCCCUUUUUUUUGGUGGUGCUCUGUGCUGAUAAGACCGUACUUAAAAAUAAGAUGUUGAUGUCUGUGUGGUAUGGAACCUCACAGUAGUCUUGGAGUAAAAGACAUUGUACUAACAAAGUAUUUAAAAGUGAACGGGGUGUAAGGUUUGGAAACAUUUCCGCAGCUGAGAGUCCCCUGUCCCUCCGCAUAUUUAUUACACUUAAAAAUGUGUUUAUCUAUUUAAAGUGUUUUGAUCCUGCUUUUCAGCCCCCAAAAGGCUCCCAGAGCUGCUUACAAAUGUCAAGGAUGAGAUAGUCCCUGCCCUUGGGUUUAUAAUCUGAAAAACACUGAGACAAAAGGGAAAGGGUUUUUUUUUGGGGGGGGAGGGGGGUUCCCUGCACUUACAAUAAAGUACUAAUGAAGAUUCUCCCUAGCUCAAUCCAUCCCAUCCAAGUAAACAGAUAUCUGAAGAAGUGUGCAUGCACACGGAAGCUCAUACCAAUAACUAACUUAGUUGGUCUCUAAGGUGCUACUGGAAGGAAUUUUUUUAUUUUGUUUCGCCUACAGCAGAACAACACAGCUACUUACCUGUAGUUAUUUUAGGGUUGGGGUAGGAGUUUUGAUGGAAGUGAGUAGACUUUGUUUUAGUACAAUACAGGUAGAAAAAUGGAAAUUGUGGGUCACAAUUUUUAUAAAAGUUUCGUGUCCCUUUUAAAAAUUGGCAUUAGCACUCAUUACUCCCAUCUGCAUGUAAUUUGUAUGUGUAUUCAGAAUAUAUGCACACACACAAAUACCCCAACCCCAAGAUUUAAUUAUAAAACAAGAGGGAAAGGCGUGUCCCCCCCCCCCAAUCCAAUGACUUGUUUUUUGUCUUGGUACCCUUGAAGAAUAUGACAGUGAACCCCACCCCAAUAAGAAAUAAGGGACCUUGCUUCCCUAAAACUCUUUCCAUAACUCAAGCACCACCCCCACCUUUCCAGAGGAUGAGGGAAUCAGGAAUGUGAUGGUUGGCCAGGCAGGAAGAGUUGAUACUGGAUCCUAUUCACUUGGCAACAGAGACACCCAUUGUUCCUGGAGCCCCACGCAAAUGUUUGCAGCUUUAAUUGCAAAAACAUUUGUUAAUUCCAUUCACGAAUGAGUUGGGACUUGCUUGUCGUCUGGCUAUUAAUAAAGGCCCCAGGGAGGGAGUUGGAGAGUGGCAGUCACAGUUUGGGGGAGGGGGGUUCUCUCUCAACCAUUUGUGUCCUCACCCCCAGACAGACAGGCAAAAUCGAGAUAAAUGUGGUGUUUUUAAUCCUGCUUCUUACAUCGAAAUCAUUCAGUGUAGGAAGUAAUACUUACCUCCUGUGUAAAUUAUUGCUUGCGAUAACCACACACAAAUGUGCGUCUUCUCUUGCAACUGCCAGAAAAAUACACAAUCUCACAUAGGUUUCUUUCUACAAAGAAAUUUCCCUCUGGAGUGGGCAUUUUGAAGGGUAGCUCUCCAAGAUCUUCUGAUACUACUUUUCCAAACUUUAUUUCAGUUUCUACAGUCUAUUAUGCCUUUGGUCUGGGACAGUAACAACAGUUUAAAUAACACAUCUGAGCUUAUUUGCAAAACAGCUGUGAAAUACCAAAAUGUGUCUGUUACAGAUUGUGGAACAAGUUAUAAAAAUUCUGACUGAUACCAGAUUGGCGCAUAUAGCAUUCAGCACUCAUAGUUUUUUACAGAGAGGCAUUAAAAGGUUCCUGCCCUAAGCUCUUCACAGUGUGAAUUGCAAACAUCAGUAAAUGUCAGGCAGGUUACUGAACAUGGGACCCACAUUUGCCAUUAUUUGAAGAUCUUCACUAACUUUUUUUUCUGGACAGAAUUAAAGGUGCUAGUUUUAACUGCCCCCAUGAUCUUCAGAUGAAGGGCAGUAUACAAAUUUAAUAAAUAAAAUAAAUAAAAAUAAAACCAAUACAGCUCUAAAUAAAUCUAAAACCAGUUUUUCUAAACAACUACCUUCUCCCAUAAAACUUGCAUUUUGCUAGAAUCAUCGCUCCUGCCCUGGAGGAUAUUGGAGACAGAGCAUUCCCUGAAUCUUCCAAUUUUAAUUGGAAAAAAGUCUGUGGGGGGGUUAUCUCUGUGUACAUAAAUUAGAAUGAUUUGCCUAGGGUAAUUUGCAGCAAAAUAUUUUCAGUUUGCAUCAAAACAGUUUCUGAUACCACGGUUCUCUAAUACUGUAUUUGAAGCCCUUCCUUGUCACUACUGACCUUAUGAAAUGGGGGGGGGGGGGGGGGGAAAACCAUGGAAAAAGAAAGGACUGGAGGGAUACCCCCCCCCUCAAUAAUUCUAUGCCACAUUACUGAAUGGUUUUUAGUUUGUUAAUUCUGGAAUUUAGGAUUCUUUUUUGUUAGCUGCCUUGAAGACUGAAUCUGACAAAAAGACAAGAAAUGCUGGUCUGUGUGCAUUAUCUAUAUGUAUACUAUACAUGUAUGUAUUUUAAAUAAAACAUCUACAUUCCCAACAAAGGACAGUGAUAGAGAGGAAAGAGAAGAUAAGGGAUGAACCCAAGAAAAUUAAUAAAUUGAAAUAGAUAUAUACUAAUUUUCUGCUUACCAGUCUAAAAACCAGUUCACAACAAUAAAACAAAUAGUACUCUAAUAGUGGAAUCUUAUACAUGUCUAGGCAGAAGCAAGACCCACUGAGUUCAGUGAGUUUUACUUCCAAGUAAAUAUGCAUAAGAUUGCAGCCUAAAUCAGAGUGUGCUAUAAUAAUCAAAACAGCAAAAUACAGACCGCAGCAAUAAAACAAUAAGGGAACCAACAUCAUCUAAAAAUCUAUAGCUGCAGCAGGCCUUUACAUAGAAGCUUGAUAAAAACAAUUGAAAUAAAUUUAAAUACGGACAGCCAGCAAAACCAUUAAAAAUAAUAGGUGAAAUAAUUAUUUUUUAAUUAGGAUACUAGUGUAGUCACUUACUUUAAUGCUUGAUUUUUUUUGUUUUUAGAUAUGCUGUAAGCCACCCACAGUGGCUGGGGAAACCCAGCCCAGAUGGACAGGGUAUAAAUAAAUUAUUAUUAUUAUUAUUAUUAUUAUUAUUGAGGUGGGGGCUCCUGAAGAAGGCACUUUGUUUCAGAUCUCAGUGGAUCAGAUGAGUUCACAUAGAAGAAGGUCCAUGCAUAUGUCAGGCUUUUGGGUUCAGUUUGGGAUAGAGAUUAUGGAUUCACAGAAAAAACAGAUUUUGAGGAGGGAUUUGAGGGAACAGAGAGACAUAACCAUAUACAUAACCAUCACAACCACAUUAAACCAUAAAAACAAUCAAGUGGAGGAGGGGUUUGUGUCCCCGUGUCCAAGAGGAGUUCUGGGUUAUCAGGCUAGAUCUGAUGAAGCUGGUUUAUAUAUUUCCUCCCAUAUGGGGGAUCAGCCAGUGUAUGCUCCUCAUUUCCAGCAGGUUCUGCAAAGCGAUGAACAGAGCCUCAGUUGAAAGUCUGCUACCUCUCCCACAUUCCAUCUUGUGACUAAAUGCAGACGCCAUCCAUGGCUCCAAUUGUCACAUUCUUUUCCAGCAUCUCACCCUUGUUUUAUAUAGCACCUAGCCAAAUUAAGAGUUCUGGAGAACUUGAAAGCUUGCAUAUAUUAUUCUGUCACAAUUUGGUCAGCCAGACAAAAAAGUACAGCCCUAAUGUGGGUUUUGGAAUUUUACCUAAAUUCUGUCUCUCCUCUGUCCUCUUUAAAAAUGUUGAGUACUACUAGAAAUACUACAUCCUCUUCUCCAUGGGAGUAAAUUUUACUGAAUCCGUGAGACUGAUCUCCAAGUCAACAUGCGCAAUGUUCAAAGUGCUUUACUGUUCUUUGCUUCUUUAUAACCGCAAGACAGAUAAUUCAAGCCAAAAAGUGUGUGACUUGCUAUAGCCCAUUCCAUACAACUUCUAAAUGAAGUAGUGAUUUUUAUGGGGUGUCCUAUACUUAAAACCAGCUGUUUGGCCACUGCCCUGCACUCCUAAUUUCUUAUAACGCCACCAACUCCUCAACCUUGGGACAGAAUCGUCAAUGAGGAUUUGCAUCCUAUGGUGUGCUAAGAUAGUUGAGAGUCAUGAAAUUCUCCAGAGUCACAAGUGGGUUUUGUGCCCACAAAGAUCUUUUUGUAGUAAGAAUAUCUUGAGAGUCCCUGCAACCACCCCCUUUUAAAAAAAAGUAACAUCCAGCUGUCGUUCAAGCAAGCAAAUGCUCCAAGCCAGCUGUCUAGGCCCGUGGAAGCUUUUGUGGGGUUGUAGAUUUAGACUUUCAGACUUCUCAAUUGGGAAGGGGGACUUGAAUGCCAAGAAUGUCAUUAGGGCAAGGAGCUGCAUGCAUCAUUAAUGUGCAGUAACCAGGGCAUGCAAAUACAAACUCAUCAAGCUGAGCCAAAAUUGGGCGUUUCAAAUGGCAAGUUCAGUAACAUCCUUUAGGCAGGAUUUGGUGUUUUUCAUCCAGCAGUAAAUAACCAGCAAUUUCGUCAAACCGUAAGAGAAGCAUCUGUGCGUUCCUCUUGCCUGGGUCCACUCUACAGCUGUUGGCAAAGAAUGUGUGAUACUAGCAAGCUGCCUCUCCCUCUUGACAUUUAUCGCAACUGUUUUUUGUUGCUCAAAUACGCCUCAAUUCGUGGAGAGGUGUGUGUAAGUGUGUGCAAACACCGCCCAUGUCUCUUUCCUUCUCUGUGCUGAAAGUCAAGUGACCCAGCUAUGAACUUUGAUUCCUUUCUCUUUUUUUGACCCGUCUUUAUUAAUAUUGCCCAGGAUUAAUGUUGCAUUGUCGGGAUGGAUACCAGUGGUGCUGGGUUUACCUCGUUGACAAUUCCAUUGGCGUGCUUAUAAUUUGAGCUAUAAAUAACCUCUGCUUUGCUUACAAAACAAAACAAAGUCUGUGAGGUUUUGAAGUAUAAAUAUACUUCUUUCCAAUUUCCAAGUUCAUUCGGGUCACUUGUGGUUCACUUAAGGCUCAUCUGCUGUCCAUUUAGCCGUCCCAUUUUCAAGUUUUAAAAGUGGUUUUCAGAUUUUCUCUUUUCAAGGCAACUUUCCCCACAUCACGUCCCAGUCAAGAGUUUCUCUGGAUAGUACUAGAAAUCCCCAGUUCUGUUCACAGCUGUCGUUUGUGAUGAUCCAUCAAGGCUAUAGGCUGCAGUGUCCUCCUGAGCAGCAAAGGGUUGCCAUGAGGGAUGUAAGAAGGCAGCAGUUUCCAUUCUGAUCUGUAUUUGUCACAACCGGCGCUGUUUCCCUUCAGGCCUCAUUGAUCUCAUCAAACUAAUAGUGCACCUAGAAGGCACCCAACACUGCCAAACCACUGUGUACAGUGGAACCUCGGUUGUCGAACGUAAUCUGUUCCAGAAGACCGUUCGACUUCUGAAACGUUCGACAACCAAGGUGCAAAGGGCUGUCUGCAAUGUCCAUUGAGAAAAUUGAAAAACAUGCAGCGGAAGCCAUUUGACUUCCGAGGCGUGUUCAAAAACGGAAAUGUUUGGCUUCCAAGACGCUCGAAAACCAAGGUACCACUGUAUUGGGACAGGUUGGUAACAAUGAGCAUGAGUCGUUGUAGUCAGUGGUGGGAGAGUGUCUACCAUCACUAAUCUUCUUGUUGAGUAACCCUUGAUACACUGCCAAGCAACACCAACAUUCUCUGGAACACGGUUUGAAAAACCACUGGGGUAGAACAAUGGUGAGUUGUUUGUACUAACUUUUGCUCUUUAGCAAACCACAUCUUUUCUUUGGCAUUCUUUGCAAACCCCCUUUAUUUUUGUGCAUGUGUGUUGAGGCAGAACUGGAUGCUGCUGUAAAUUUAGAAGUAAUGUUUCACAGCUGAUUGCACCCAUCCCCACUAAUCCAAGGAAUGUCAGUGAAUCAUUCCCACCCCCACCCCGCAAAGCAGGGGUGAGCUGUAGUGUGGGGUUGGGGUGGGGGGGAAGAGAUAGGACACUCGAUUCCCAUAGGCCAGUAAGUGCUGAUUCAGAAUCCCCCACAUCUCCCGUCUUCCCAUUAUGCGAAACCAUUUGUUGCAAAAUGGUUUGGGGUAAACUAAAUCUCUCUCUGCCUGAGAUGCUGAACAUUUAAUGCUGUCUGGAGGCUUGUUUAGAAGUCGCAUCCCAUAAAAGCUGAUGAAGCAAAGACACAAAAUUAAUUAACGUGGUUCCAUUCUCAAUCUGUUUCCUCUUCCAGCAGGAAGAUUAAAAGCAUAAGGCAUAUUUCUGUUGGAGGGGAAAACAACAACUCCGUCAUAGGUUAUCCCCAACCCAAACAAUCUUCACAAGAGAUUGCCGCCACUUGUCUUCACAGAUUAUGGGUGCCACAGCCGUUUGACCUAUCAGACGAACAAAACAAGUAGAAUAGCAAGGGGCUUAUUGUAACUGUAAUUUAAUCAUAGGUACAUCAUUCCAUUGAAAUAAUUACACUAGGUAUCUUAUUUGUUUAAGCCAAAGCCAGCACAAGCACUUCUGGAAAAGACAAUGUCAACGCACUAUUGCCAAAGUACAACAUAGGCCGAUAGCGAAAUGCGUUGCAGAAUACUGAACGAGGAUGUACUGAUUAAUUCAGGCUACUAAGUGGCAAAAAUACAUCAUCUCAGAUUUGCCAUUCAUGUGAAGCUCCUUUUGUUCAUUGUGACGGACAAAACACUUCCCAUAAUGCUUUCUGAUUAUUAUGGUCAAAGCUUCUGAAAUAUGGGUGAUUGGUAGAAUGCAGAAGCAGGUGGCAGCUGAGCUUUCAGAGGCAUGGAGAGCGGCUUCGGCUGUUCCUUGCUGAUCAAGAGGACAAGAAAGCAUAAGUUGUCUGUACUUUGUUUCCCUGCCAUAACUGCAUCAGAAAUGUAUGCCCAAGCAUCACCGCUGCCCAGUUAGUGUUCAAAACUCCCAUUUUGCUAGGCGCACUUUGCGACAGGGAAUAUCAUUAGCUUGAGCCGUUUCUGAGCUCUGGGCGUGAUACUGCGCCUAAGAUUCCAUAUUAAAACUGCAGAGUGAAAGGAAAGGAGGACCUUCUCUGCCUCCCCACUUCCAAAAAAGAGAAGUUUUUAACCUAUUAUUUAGGAAAAUUCUUCAUGGCAUGGAGAAAACGGAUAGGGAAAAGUUUUUCUCCCUCUCCCAUAAUGCAGUGCUAGAACUUGGGGACAUCCGGCGAGGCCAAAUGUUGGAAGGUUCAGAACAGACAAAGGAAUGUACUUAUUAAUGCAGCUCAUAGUUAAACUAUGGAAGUUCCUCACGCAAGAGACAGUGAUGACCACCAACUUGGAUGGCUUUGAAAGGAGGUUAGACAAAUUGAUGAAGGAUAAAGGCUGUCCGUGCCUACUAGCCACAGUGGCAAUGCUCUACCUCCAAGUUGGAAGCAGGUAUGCUUCUGAAUACCAGUUGCUGGAAGCCACAGGAGCAGGGAGUGCCCUUGUGCUCAGAACCUGCUUGCAGGUUUCUCAGAAGCAUCAGGUUGGCCUCUCGGAGAACAGGAUGUUGGACUGCAUGGACCCCUGGCCUGAUCCAGCAGGCUCUUCUUGUGUUUUCAGGUCUUCUAUUGAAGGGAUCUCCAGUCAAAGUCUACUCAGACUUCCCAAGUAUUAUUUCCUGCACAGUGACUAAAGGUACUGCAAAACCAUCCCUACUGCGAAGUUUUUUGGGGAAAUGCUUUUCUUCUCCCACCUCUAAGGCUGUCGUGUUUCUACGCAUCUUCCCCUGCCGUUUUUGAGUCCCCAAAGUAUAAUCCUCCAGAGCUUGAAAAAAAAAAAAGACUGAUAGGCUCAGCUUGGGGACAUUUAAACAAUCAGACAUAUGGUUACAAGCAGAAUUUCUUAAGUCCUGCCAAUGGCAGAUGUAAGCGCAAAGCCCCCACUCCGUAGUUGGGAUUUCAAUGUCAGGAAAUGACAAUGCGUGCUGGACGUUCCUUGCUUCUCUUCUCCGGAGCAAAUUAUUAGUUUGCUUAACAAUGCACACAUGGGGGGGGGGGCUUACAAUGCAAUGUUGUAAGGGUCUGCUCGGAGGUGAGUUCCAUUUAAUUAAAUGCGACUUACUCCGCUGUCCGACUGCUGCUCUCCAGGUCUUCAAGCAGGAAUCGAUUCCAGUGGUUCCUGGAGAAGUUGGGGGCUGAACCUAGGACCAUCCCCAUCCAAAACAGAUGCUUUGCUACUGAGCUACACCCUGCCUCAUGCUGUGUGUGCAGUGUGCUGGCAACUCAUCCACAGCAGUGGUUAAAAUUAGCAUUUCAAAAUAAACACCCCUUUAACAUUUGCAAAUCAGUAGCGGCUGUUUUUAUCCUUCAUCUCGGAAAAAUGACAACCUUUUCAACAUGCAUAUAUAAUUGCCUCCCAGUCGUUUUCCUCUAAAAGAUCUACUGAGUAUUAUACUUAGAUGUUAGCUAUGGCCACAUCCCAUUAUACGUUCCUUUAUUGUGUUUUGCAGCCAAAAUCUAGCUAUAUGGAAUGUCCAGAUCUAGAGGCAGCAAAAACCUCUGAAUACUAGGUGCAGAGACAGCCAAUAGGAGAGGACUGUUGCCUUCCUGUCCUGGUUGUAGGUGUUCAGAUAUAUUUGGCAUCUACUGUUGAAUACAGAACUGCCGCAUUUGCACAUUACACUAAACCAGAAUUACUGGCUUACCCUGGUUUAUUGUGAACAUGAAACCCAAUGGGAGUUGGGUGUGCUUAGGCUGGUGAAGAGAAGACUGGAGCUGAUACGACAGCCAUUUUCAAAUAUCUGAAAGGCUGUCACAUAGAAGACAGAGCAUGCUUGUUUUCUGCUGCUCCAGAAAACAUCCAGAAAACAGAAAAUACUUACAUCCAUUGGGUGUAAACCAAUGGAUUCAAAUGACAAGAAAUGAGAUUUUGACUAAACAAUAGGAAGGACUUUCUGAUAUCAAGCACUGUUUGACAGUGGAACGUACUCCCUUGGAAGGUGGUAGUUUUUAAACAAGCAUUGGAUGACCAUCUGCCUGGGAUUCUUUAGCUGGGGGUUGGAUUAGAUGGCCUUUGGGGUGCCUUCCAGCCCUAUGAUUCCUUGAAAUCAUACCCACUUUGCUGCUUAGAAUGAGCAAGAGAAACAAAACCAGAAGUUGCAGUUAAGUUUGGCUUCCUGUCACAUCUGGACCUGAUGUCAUGAUUUGCUUCUCCCCAUCAAGCUAGGAUUUGUAAGCCAAUAACAAACCGUAGCUCAAGGCUGGCUGGAGAUCCUUCCUGACUUGUUAAAGGAAUAACAAAAUGUGAACAUCCUAGUGACUCUAUCUUAAAUGCAGUUUCCUGGUUUAUUUCUCCUGCUUGUGCUGUGGAGAAAAAAAGCAGGAACGAUUGGACUAUGUAUACAACCGUAGUGCUCAUUUACUAGUGAUGUGUGAGGGGAUUUUUGGAAAAUCUUCCAUUGUUCAUAUUUAAGAAAAUGCAAAUAAUUGAAAAUUGUUGGCACACCAAUAUGUUUUAGCAACCUGAAGAAUUGUGCAUAUACGCUGACUCACAUCCUUCUUGUGAUAAUCACCUGGGGAAAAAACAUUAAUUACAGCUUUGGAAAUGUUAAUCUUUCCUAAUAAUCGUAUUUGUAAUUGACAGCCAUUCAUUGUUAUGAAUGAACUUAAGACAUAGCAAAUCUUCUGUGUCAAAAUUCAAGCAAUGGAAAAUUUUCUUCCCCAAAUCACUGUCAUUCACAAGAAGCCAGCAACCCUGACUUAUCGCAUGAUGUGUGAACAUACCCAUUGAUGGACUUUGGUCUGAUUCAUCAAGGCAAUUCUUACAUUUGUGACCUCCUGCAAUGUGUGAACAAACAGUUUUUUUUAGUGUGAUAUUUCAUGUGGGUAGGUGUGGUUUUCUUUUAUUUGCCAUAAUAAUACCUUGGCCUCUCAUUAUCUCUUGCAAAAGAUCAGAUUUCUGGAAUAAUUUCCCAUCCUGGAACAGAGGAGUGGCGGCAUAAAACUAAUUAUAUUUUAUUUGCCUCUCUUAAAAUAAAAAGAGCACCAGAACUCUGUCCUAUAUAUAUAUCCUCUAGGCAGACAGGUAUUUUAAAAUUAACAAAGCUGUAUUUAUAUAUAACAGAGCAAGUUUAGCCUGGGGAAAGAUUUCAUAGCUGGGUUGUCAACUCUAGGAAACAAGGCCUUGAUCCUGCAGGUGCUUAAGAACAUAUGCCACAGUUAGUCAUACAAGUUAAUCUCAAAGGGAAACUAUUAACUUAAGACUCACAAAUUACCCCAAGACAUCAGGCAUGCAGAUGAAGGUGAGGAGCAUCUUGUGCUUAAUUUCUGCAUUCUGGGAUGCUGCUCUAGUAACAAAGAAAAUUUUAGUGACUGUGACAUUUAUUUGUUUUUAAAAACAACCUUAUACAGGCGUCCCCCCCCCCCACUUAUGCACAACCGACUCACGCGUGACCGCGUAUACGUGUGACGCCAGGAAGCAAACAAAUUGAUAGAUUCAAACCAGGAAAUGGCGGGAGACAGCUGGAGAGUCUUCAUGGAUCAUGAGGAGACCCUCCCUGUAGCCUUAGGAGGACUUCAGUGAGGGCAAAGGAAGCCCCAGAGAGACUGGAGGUACAGCAGGGCUUUGUUUAGGCUGCUCAGCCUCCCUGCCUAGCAGCUGGCUUGUGGGGUAGCGCAGCAGCAGCCUCUUUUCCAUAAGUCCUCCAGCCAGCCCCAGAACUUGAACUCUAGAGAGUUGUAUGGAGAGAAAGUCGGAGAGCAGGAGAAAAUUGGUGUUUUGGAUGCUUUUUAGAGGCUGUUCCCCACUUGCACGGUUUUUGCUUAUGCACGUGGGGCCCCAGACCGUAACCCUCACUAUUCUCAAGCAAACGGGACAGCAGAGGGAACUAGUGAAGACUGCAAAGGCUUGAUUCAGGUCAUGGUGACCCACAUAUAUUGCUCUUUUAAACUACAGGCCAACACCACUGAUAACCAUAAAGCCUAAUCACUAAUGAGAAAACAAAUUGGAAGAUCAAUUUCAACUCUGGAGUAAAUCCAGAGGUUUUUCCCCCAGCCAGAACUCACUGGAACUGAGUUCUAGCACCUCUCAGGUAGGUGCCAUUGCUAUUAUAAGAGGAAAAAAAGGAGAUGUUUAUGGUGAGUUUUGGCACCUCUUUUUUCUAGAAAAAUAGCACUGAAUUCCCAAGUGGCCUGACCUGGAAAAUGUUGCCUCUUCAGAUUUACCAAGCCAAAUCAAAAACCUCUACCUCUUAAACAGUUGGAAGAGUAACCCUAAGGGCUUUUAUACCCAUGGUGGUUGUGGCCUUCUGUUCUUUUGAAAAAAAUAGUUGGGCUUUAGGUGGUCUGAGAACAGAAAAUCCACAAUAGCAAUGACUGUAUGACGGUAUCUUGUCAGGGAUGAUGGACACCUUGUGAUCCUCCCAACUUCCAUCAGCAUCAGCCAGCCUGGCCAGCGGUCAGAACUGAUGGGAACUGAAGGACAAUAGCAGAUGGAGGGUCGCAGGUUCUGCAUCCUGGAGUCACCAAAAAAAGAAAGGAAGGUGAACGGCGGAUAGCAAUCCCACUAGAGUGGAAGCACCUUAGCUGCGGCUGGACUUAAUUUUAUUGAGGUGAAAUCAGGCGUUUUCCCUGCUCCUGUUCUGCUCUUGUUUUGAGGGAGGCAACGGAAGUUCUUCUCUAGCUUGCUGACUGGUAUGUCCUCUAAGCCUUCUGUGGCCCAGGCCCUUUGUAAUCCUUCCAGAUGGAGGCUGUUUAUCUUCGGAAAGCCUUGACUUUACAAUGUAAUGCUUUCGUUCUGCCAUCAAGGAGGUGUAGAGGAAUACCAGGCUAGAUUAUCUCACUUGGCUGCUGAGGUAGCCUGCCUGGGGCCAGAGCAUGCCUCCCUUCUGUGGGUGUGUUGUGCAUGACUCUCUGUGCGUGUUUGAUGCUGGUUGCUAACGUGUUCCUUUCCUCCUCUCUCUAUAAAGGCUCUUCUGAUAUGCCAGACUCAAGGCCAGCUGUCCUCACCCAAAGUCCCAGCAUGAUUUAAUAAGCUUCUCUCCCACUUGGGGUUGGGAGAAGGGGGGUGGAUAAGCCCUUUGAAGUUUUCUUAAAAGAAAGGGGGGAAAGCUGGAGAAUUUUUAAAAAAAAUAAAAUGCACACACUUCUGCUUUUCUGUGUCUGGUACAGAACACUUUGUACUGCAUUCCCUCAAGCUGCGAUUUGGUAUCUGUGGGCUACUUUUUCACCGUUCUUCCUACUCUAGACUUCCUUUGCUUGUGGUUUGGUUACUAGCCCUGAGAUAAGCAAGGGGUGGAUGCGAAGCAUUACAAAAACCCCUUACUUAUUCCUCUCUGCCAGAUGGCCUCUUAACCAAAGAGGCCAUUCUUACUUUAUUUAAAGUGUGUGUACACCGCAUUUCAGUCUAAAAACGGCCACACCACUAAGGUGGAGAUAGGAACAUAGAAAGCUGCCAGACCGUUGGUCCAUUUUGCCCAGUAUUGUGUGCACUGACUAGUAGCAGCUCCCCAGGGUUUCAGUGCUACCUGGAGAUGCUGCCAGGGCCCAAACCUGGGACCAUCAGCGUGCGCCACUGAGCUGCAGCCCUUGUCGCAAGCAAAAUAGGAAGUUGCCUUCAUACGGAGUCUGUUUGCUUAUCCAUCUAACUCAGAAUUAUGUAAAUUGGAAGGCAGGCAGGCUUUCUAGGGCUUCAUAGAUAAGCCUUUCCGAGCCCUACCUAGGGAAUAAUAAUAAUAAUAAUAAUAAUAAUAAUAAUAAUAAUAAUAAUUUUAUUAUUUGUACCCCACCCAUCUGACUGGGUUUCCCCAGCCAUUCUGGGCUGUUUCCAACAGAUAUAAGAGCACAAUGAAACAUCAAACAUUAAACACUUCCCUAUACAGGGCUGCCUCCAGAUGUCUUCUGAAAGUUGUGUAGUUACUUAUCUCAUUGACAUCUCCGAUGGGCAGCUGGUGGGUGGCUAAGAGAGGGACACCCGGUAUAGAGCAGUGAUUCCUUGAGUCAUUGCAUUGUUUCUGUAUAAUGGAGCCUCACAGCAUCCACUGCGAAAGGAAGAUGGUGGAAUGUUGCCACCUAACUGCGUCGCUUAAUUCUGCCACCACGAUCCCUUUGCCAUUUGACUGCAAUAUUCCCACCCCUUUCCUAACUGGGCUCCUGUACAUUUGAACAGCUGCCUGACUGGGAGAAAGGCAGCAGCUGAAACAUUCCCAUCGCACCAUCUGCAUUCUGGAGAUGGUUAUUUUUUCAAAAUAAAGACUUGCCCCAUCACCCACUUUCAUAUUUUCCCAUGAGCAAUGGAAUGUAGGAUCUGCUGCUAAAUCCUCUGUGGCAGCCCCUUGCUACUCCUUCAAUGCCCUGCCCUGCUUUGUGCCACCUAACCCCAAAUUUCCCUUUUAUUUCACCAGAUACGGCCAGUAGCUGCAUUGCACUGGCAUGCAGUUAUUUUAUGUAGUGAGAAUGCAGCUGUUUUGACAUAAUUUCUGUGUUAGUGCUAGGAGGAACUCCUGUUCCAGCAAAGGAAGGGUUGCCAACAUUUUCCUAGCUCUUCAACUCGGUUUUUAACAGCAACAUAGAAGUUUAUAGAACAAAGCUUUUCCUGGCAUGAGGAUAAAAUAAUAAGGAAAGCUUAAAGUUCCUUAAUUUUUGUGUGUUGAGCGAGUGUUGAAGGCCCUGGAACUGGAACAGUUAAAACCUGGCAGCCCUUCCUUACCCACAAACUCGCUAAAUGGCCUUGAGUAAGCCAUGAUCCUCCCUCUUGCAAUGUGGAGAUCAUAAUACUAGUUUGUACAUUACAGGGUUGUUGUGCAGAUCGCUUUAAAGUAUGUGAAGUGCUUUGGCACCUUGAAACAUAACUGCUAUUAUAAUUUUGGGGGGGAGAAAGAAGGGAGGGGAUGAGAACUACUACCUUGGUGGGCCUAAGAAAGGCACCCAGGCACAAUUGAAUUAGCGCUAAUCAAGUUGGGCUCCUUGGCCAUAUGACCUGCUGAGCUGUCCUGCUAUUCCAGGUCAGGUGCCCUGAUUGUACCGCGAGUGCCGUGGAGUCGGCCUUGGGUAUCUUAAGGGCAGGUCGGUUCUCAUUAGCUCCUCAUAAUUAGAUUGAGCUUCCCAGAUCUGCUCGCUUUCCUAGGAGGGCUCCAAGUAGAGGAGAGCUCUGACAUGUGACAGGCCAUCGGAAGGAGAGGACGUCCCUUACCAGAUGAGCUCAUACAUUAUUCACAUGGCCUGCUUCACCCAUUUCACUUUGGAGUGUAUCUUUGGUGAGGCCGACAGUGGAUUCUGUCCAGUAGCAUCUGAGCUCAGACUGUUUGGAAUGUCAUCUUCCAUAUGGGACAAAGAUCGCUCAGUGGAGCAGAAGUGAGAAUGUUGGCACGUGCCACUUCUCACCAUGGAGAGCUGCACUCAUGGGAAAAGCUGAGCCUGCCCAAACAAUGCCUUCUUGUUGAUCUUGUUGUCAGAGAACCCAUACAGACAAUUGAUCUGGUUACCUCCAGGGUUAACUUGGUUGUCUGAAUCACCACCCUGAAUGUUACCACACAGCAGGUGCAGCCAUGUGGCAGAACUUGUGGUGAAAUGUUCUUCUUCAUGAGGCCCAAGAGGACCGUGAUUCCCCACACAGUGCACGUUGCCAUCUCCGCAAAACCGCUAAACUCUCUCACACCACCCUGUGAGGCGGAAGUGACGUUAUGAUCCGACGCCAGAUAGAAGGACCCAUUGUUGUCCUUAGUUCCUUGGCCAAGGGAGAUGUGGCAUAAGGGCAUCCCUUUGUGUUAGAUUGCAGAAAACGCCACAGAGAAGAAGGACAUGCCAGUCCUUCAAGCCUCGCAGCUGCGGAGGCUGCAAAGGAAACCGAAAGGGAGAGGUGCCCACAUUCCCAGCUGCGUGCAUCUCUGCCGUCAAAGACAGAUGUCAAAUAUUGCAUGGUGAUUUCACACGGUCGAGACCUCUGCUGAACUUGAUGCUGUGAGAGAGAGCAAGGGCAGGCCCAGCCCUGUCAAAGCGAUCGCUCCCAGCGUGGACUGCAAACAAGGCUUCGACCGUGCUGCAUUGUCUUUUUAUUUUAUUUUAUUUUAUUUUAUUAAAACAGUCAUAUCCAACACGUUUUAUAGAACACAGUCCUAUAAAAUUAUGCAAGGAAUGGAGAAAGUGAAUUGAGAAUAGUUUUUCUCCCUUUCUCGUAGCACUGGAACUCAAUGGACAUCCAAUGAAGAUGAAAGUUGGAAGAUUCAGGACGGAUCAAAGAAAUAAUAAUAAUAAUAAUAAUAAUAAUAAUAAUAAUAAUAAUUUAUUAUUUAUACCCCGCCUAUCUGGCUGGGUUUCCCCAGACACUCUGGGCGGCUUCCAACAGAACACUAAAAUACAAUAACCUAUUAAACAUUAAAAGCUUCCCUAAACAGGGCUGCCUUCAGAUGUCUUCUCAAAGUUUGGUAGUUAUUUUUCUCUUUGACAUCUGGUGGGAGGGCAUUCCACAGGGCAGGUGCCUCUGCCUGGUUCCCUGUAACUUGGCUUCUCGUAGCGAGGGAACCGCCAGAAGGCCCUCGGCGCUGGACCUUAGUUUCCGGGCAGAACGAUGGAGGUGGAGACGCUUCAAGCUUCCUUCAAGCUCCCAUGGGAAGCAGUGAUGGCCACCAACUUGGAUGGCUUUAAAAGGAGAUGAGUCAAAUGUCACAAAGGAGAAGGAUAUCAAUGGCUACUAGCCACAGUAGCUAUACUCUGCCUCCUGCCUCCACAGUUGGGAGGCAGCAAUGCUUCUGAAGACCAGUUGCUGGAAAUGAUGGGAGAGGACUCUUGUGCUCUGGUCCUGCUUGCAGGUUUUGCCACAGGCAUCUGGUUGGCUGCUGUGAGAACAAGAUGCUGUUUACAAGCCUCCGUAGCUGUGAUGCACAAAGCAGGGAGGCAGGCCUCUGUGCCAAAACCACCGUUGCUGUUCGUGGUGGGAGUUGAAGAGUCCUUUGUGCCACUUCAGUUCGUGUGAGAAUGACUCAGUUGGCAGCUGUGUCUGCUCUUCAGCUGUCCUGAGGAAGGCUACCACUUAGUGCUUUGCAUGCAGGAAGUCCCAGGUUUGAUCUCUGGCGUCUCCAGAGAUCCGGUGUGAUGUAGUGGUUAAAGUCCUGGGAGACCAGAGCUCAGAUCUCCACACUGGCCACGAAGCUCAGCGGGUAACCUUGGGUCAGUCACUGUCUCUCAGCCUAACUUACGUCACAGGGUUGUUGUGGGGAUUAAAUGAGGAGGGAGGGACCACGUACAUCGCCUUGAGGUCUUUGGAGAAAAAGGUGCAAUGCAAUGCAAUAAAUUAAUAAGAUAGGAAUGGGAAGGUCCCUUGCCUGAAAUCCUGGAGGGCUGCUGCCAGUCAGUGUUGGUAGUACUGAUCUAGAUAGAUCAGUGGUCUUGCUCAGUAUAAUUCAGCUUCCUACGAUCCCUUUACAAUUCAAAAUGUGUCCAGGUUAAUAAUUAGUUGCUGACUGGGGUUAUGCAUGCAUUUAGAAUUAACUGUCAAAUAAAUGUGAUCAAAUUGCUGAUGUGGAUUUGCUGAAAUGCCCUUUGUUCACAAUGAAGGAAUGAUGGCACCUCAACAUUUGAGGCCGAACCAUGAAUGCAGGGGUAGUUUUGCUUCAUCCCAGGGCGCGAGCCGAGUGACUGUGGGAAAAGGGGGCCUCUGACAGUGAUAACAUAAGGAACACUUGGCACAUUUGGAAAACACUAGGCUAAAAAUAGCAGGAGAGAGCAAGGGGACAAGGAGCUUGAGGAUUUGGAAGAAUUUGUCUCUAUUGCUAAAUGCUCUGUUUUGACUUCGCUUUGGUGAGGCAGUUUUUAACUCCUUUCAUGCUAGACUAAUUAUGGGAUUUCUGGCAGGGAACACAGCCCUAAUAUAGGAGUGUCAGGCGGGGUGGGGUCCACAUCUGAGUAGGAAAUACUUUUCAUUUUCCCAAGUUCUUUCAGUUUGAAAGCUCUUUUUGUUUCCUAACAAUUUCUUUUCCUGCUGUUGAUGUUCCUAUCAUAGAUUAUUCUGAUGGAUUUCUGGUUCUUGGCAUGAAUAUCUGAUUUGUAAUAUUUUCCAGACAACAAAAGAGCCCAGAAAAGAUCUUUGCAUGCGUAUGUGUAUACACACACACACACACACACACACACACACACACACACUACAGCCCUUCCUCUUCCCUUCAAUAUCAUUUUGUACAGUGGUACCUCAGGUUACAUACGCUUCAGGUUACAUACACCUCAGGUUACAGACUCCGCUAACCCAGAAAUAGUACCUCGGGUUAAGAACUUUGCUUCAGGAUGAGAACAGAAAUUGUGCUCCGGCAGUGCAAUGGCAGCAGGAGGCCCCAUUAGCUAAAGUGGUGCUUCAGGUUAAGAACAGUUUCAAGUUAAGAAUGGACCUCCAGAACGAAUUAAGUUCUUAACCCGAGGUACCACUGUAUUUGCGGGAAGCUUGGGGGAGGGGCAUGUAAUUUUGCAGUGCAAACCCCAAGACCUGUGUUUUUUACCACCUCACGUGAGAAUGGGCCAGCUUUGAUUCCCACACUACAAAAUGUGUAUGUGCAUGUGUGCACAGUUAUUUGAACAUGAUUAAUGCCAGUGAGUAUUGCCACUCUUGAUUUAAAGUAAUAAUAAUGCUGCGGACUCUGGGUAAACUUAUCUUUCGUAGCCUUACCUGUAGGGGGUGGCAGCUUUACUAAUGCACCAGAGUGAUGCUAGGACAGGGACAUUGUGGGAAAUGGAAAGGUGGCUAGACCCAGCUGCCUCACGCUGAUUGGAUUUAAGGGUUAGAAAAAAGUAACGAGAGGGGGGUUCGGGGCAGGCAUUGGCAGAUGCCCAAGAAUGCUGACCCCUUUAAGCUUUGCAUCUUGUAUUUUACCCCAGAGAGGGAGAAGUUGCAGCCUUGCAGUCCGGCACUGACACUUUGCGAUUCCAUCAUUGUGAUGGGUAGAAAUAGGGAUGCAGGAGGUUAGUACGCAUAGGAAUUGGGGAUUAAACGUUGACAUUUUAGUCCUUCGUUAUUGCUUGGAACUCAGGCACACACUAACGAAUAUUGAAAAGCCAGAAGUGUACAGGAUCAUUGCCCUUGAACUGAAGACAUUCCGCUUUCGCAUUUUGCUGUGUGUGAGAGAGUUUAUCCUGGGAAAUGCUGGCACAGGCAGGAAUGCAUUUUGCCCAUCUGAGCUGAAGCAGACUAAUGACAUCUUUUGCAGUUUAUAAUGGAUAAAACUUCCAAAAUCCGCAAUUGGGCAAGAAAACAUUGCCCAACUGUUGAUUUUGGUCCCCCCCCUGCCCCUUAUGGGGCAACAUGGCUACCUUUGCUUUUUAUAGACUGAAAGUCAGUUCACACUUGAUUUCUCUGUCCUUCAUGAUGCAUUUGGUGAUUGGCAGAUGAAUGCAUAAGCUACCUUAAUCGAAAAGCCUUGCUUAGAAGGUAACAUGAAAGUUUCAUUUCGUUUAUGGUGUCUGAACUGUGAUAGCCAAUGGUAUAUUGGAUUGCAAUCGCAAGACUGGUGGGGGGGGGGCACUGAUUCCAGGAUGUGUUUUUUUCAGAGCAGGAGUGAUUAUAUGACCUUUCAGAGCAUCUUCUGGAAUAUCGGGAUGAUUUACAGACUUUCUGGGCCCUGGAAAAUGAGUGAGGUGAUAUUGAGGCUUUCAAGUUUUACUGUUGUUUGUGAGAUGAGCAUAGAAGACAUUGGGAGAAUGGAGAAAAUAGUAAUCGGAGGCUGUACAUUUAUUUCCUUUUGUGCUACCAACUUAAAUAGUAACAGUCUUUGCAAGAUGGUUUGCAUUUCCAAUUAAAAGCUAAAGGUUACAUUUGAAGCUCCAUGUGUUUUUUCAAGUUGAACCUAUGGCAGCCCAGAAGUAAGCACCGCUGUGUUUAAGAUUGCAGUCUACUGACCCUAAUAAAUUGGAUAUUGUGCUAUGUGCUGCUGUGCUUUAGGUGUGUAUCUUGUUUGUGUGCAUGCAUCAACAUAUCAGCACAUCUGCCUAAUUUUUUUUGGACUCUCUUUAGCGGCCUGGCUGUGGGGGCUGGCAUGAUGAGCAGUUGGAAAUUUACCACUACACCACAGGGAUGGCUUGUUUACAUAUACAAGGCACCACUGGAUGUUGUAAACCACAAGGAAUUGACAUGUAUGUGUGUGAACCAGCAAAAAGGGUGGAAGUGCCCCCAUUAUCUUUGUCCCCCCCCCCCAGGUUCUUCACUGGCUGGGCAUCUGAAGAGUGAAAUAAGCCCCUCCCCAAAUAUCCCCCCCACUGCAGAUUUCCACCAAGAGCUACUAGCCCCGUUUCAGAUCCUGUCAGGUGUGACCCAAAACUGACACUCACCUGGUCGAUUUCUCUUGCAUGUAAUUGGAAUUUUCCUUUCUCCUGAUCCUGGAUGUUCAGAUUUUUUUCACCCCAGAGUACAAAAAGAAACCAGUGAGCCUGGUUAGGGGGAUGCUGUGUUUGCGUGUGAGAAAACUAAACAAAACUGGGGGGAAAUCCAUUGUCUCCCUUGAUGUUUCCGGCCGCUGACCCUUAUUGUUGCCAUCUGCCCAAUCCCUCCUGCUUCCCAUCAGCAACCCUAGUGCGUGGGUGGGGGAGGAAAGGAGGCAGUAGCAUUAACAAAAUAAAAAAAAGCAAAAAAAGGAGGGUGGACAGUACAAGAUAUGCUGAUAGAGGAGUUUCUGCUUGCAAAAGGAGAGUCAGAUGAGGCUGGUGUAGCGCCUGUUGCCCACAUGCCUUACUAAUGAGCUUUCGGAGCAUCUGGCCAGCUGUAGUUGGAGAUCUAACCUGGUGGGUUCAGCAAGGCAGUUUGUUUUUUGUUUUGUUUUACAUAUGUAUGUGAAAAGGGAAGGAUGGGAGAUGGAGCAGAGGAGGAUGCCACAACAAACUUUUUGCUCAUUGCUUGGCAGGUUCUUGCCCUCUCUUGUUGCAUGUGUGUCUUGCCACCUGUUUACAGGUUUUUGUUUUUUUAAUUGUUUGGCAGGGCCCUGUGGGGUCCUUGCCUCCAUCACAAGCAAGCAGUGAGAAACGCGUGCCUCUGAUUGUGUCCUGCUGCUGCGUGUGGGUGGUAAAAAUAAAUAUCUUGCAAGUGUGGGUGUCCUGUAAUUGCAGCAAAGAUGGAUGGGGUGUUUUCUUGAAGCUGCUGGGCUGUAGUGGGAGGGUGGGCUUUUUAUAACUCCUUAUCAGUGUACAGGGUGACUUUCUGUUUCCUAUGUGGUUGUUCGUUUGUAAGCGGUAGUCCUUUGCUCUUGCUGAGCAAGGGGUGAUUCAGUCCAUAGUGAGAAUUUUUAAUUUAUGUAUUACAUUAAUUUAUGUAUUGCAUCUUAUAUUUCAAGGUGGGUCCCCCGACUUUUAUCCUUGCCAUGACCCUGAACAAGGGAUCCAUCCUGUAAUCUUUGCAGUGCACCCAAUACCUAGAUGGGAUCUGAUAGGAGGGGCUGCAACACACUUAUUAUUUGCUGGGUGCUGUCAGUACUAAGCUUAGAUAGUACCUCUGGGAGCAGGUAAGAGCUGGCCUGCUCAACAGUGUAGAGUAAUUUCAAAUGUAGCACCAUGCAAGAGCUGGUUCAAAAACUGUUCCGUUCUGGGCAUAGCUAUCAACUUUCAGAUUUGAAAAUAAGACAUCAGCAGCCUCGAAAAUAAGGGAUCAGCAGCCUCACCUGCCCCGGGGACAGUCUACGGGAUAUCUAACAAUCCGGGAUAGCAGCGGGAAACGGCGCUGGAAUAAGGGAAUUUCCCGCAAAAAAAGGGAAGGUUGACAGCUGUGGUUUUGGGGUGGAUCCAGGCAGAAAGGGACAAGUCUGUGUUCUCGUGCCAGUGCUUUCAAUGCCACAGGGCAGUUGCUGGAGCAAGCGGCCGCAAAAAACCUCGAUGUCCAUGUGUGUCCACUUUGACACGGCCUGGAUGCCUUGAUUUGUAUCACUCACUCUCUCUGAAAGGUGCUUGCGCUGCCCACAGAGCAGCAGCCAAAAGAGCAAUGAGCCGCACUAUGUCCAGUGAUCCUGUGACUCUGUCACACUUUGGGUGUGCUCUAAACUGAAGGAACCGGAGAUCGAGCAGCGCUAGACUCCCUUGCCUUAGAGGUUCUCAGGUUGCGCUAGGUAGGGCUUGGGGUGUUCUGCAGUAGUGGCUCUUCACUCCAUCCUCACAGCUAUUGGACAACACAUAUAUUAUUACCAGAGGAUAAGUCAUAUUGGACUGUUCGUGGCAAAAAUAAAGAAGAGACUUGUGACGUUUGAAAGGUGCAGGCAGGCAGACGGAGCCCGAGAAGGUGCUCACCCACAACCUUCUCAGGCUCUGUCUGUCUGUCUUUCUGCACCUUUGUCAUCUGCAGGCCAUUUGAGCUGGCGCAAUGCAUUGCCAGUUCAAAUUGUCUGACAACCAGUAUCGCGAUCUGAACGCCAUACCAGAUUCAGACAAUUAUCAAGACAUCGCCCCACCUAAUUUACCUCACAAGGGUAUUGUGCAAAUAAAUAGAGGGGAGGAGGGGAAAGAUACCCAACUAGGCUGCCUUGAGCUUCUUAGGAGGAAAUGCCGGACACAAAUAAGUCUCCUGCCCCCUUGCUGGGAUUUCACCACAGAUUCACCACCGGAGUUGGCAAGUUGAUCAAGCUCUCCAAAAAGCACUAUGCAACUCUUUAGGUCAGAAAAGCGAGUGUUUGCUUGGCAGCCUCCCUCCGGGAGGGGACAUAUGGAAUACAGUGAGCAAAACGCCCUCUCUCCUUGCCUGGUCUCUGUGGUGACAUCUUUGUAAAAAUGUCAGGAGGAGUUCAGAGGGAUUUUCCUCUGCUUACUCUGGGGCUUCUUUUCAGCGAGUUGCUUUAAUGCCUUGGAUUUUUGCUGGGAUUAGCGAGAUGUAUUUACCUCAGAAGGGGGAGGAAAGUGAGGGUAUAAAAAAAGACAGAUUCUCUUAAGUCGUAGAUUGGAAUCAAAGCUGGAGGAAUGAAAGGAGCUUCUGUGUGGCCUGGAGCCUGUUUUUGAAGUGCUGAGCCUACAAUAAUACACUGCUGGCUGCUUUCUUUGCUUCCAUCUUCUAAUUCAUUUUUUUCAUUUGUUACAUCCCACUUCUACCAUGAUGGAACAAAAGGGUGGUAUACUUGGGGUUCCUAGAUAAGCAGACUUAGACCUUCUUAGCUUCAGUGAGGUAUCUACAUCAGGUUCCUGUAACCAAGGGUUGAGGAGCCUUCUAGAUGUUGUUGGAUGCCAACAGCUAUCAGUCCCAACCACCUUUUUCCCGCCAAAAGCCGGGCUUGAAGGCUGUGAUCAAGCCUUGCUUGGAUCAGCUGGGAUCCUCCUUUGCAGCAUGGCUUAAACUUAAGCUGCACAGCAAAGGAAGCUAAGGACCUGGUCUGCCAGGCUAAACAACAUUUCACACCCAAUAUAAAUGCACAUGCAUGAAGACCUAAGGCAUCAUGCAGUGCACAGACUGCUAUUUCACACCCUGCAGGUGCUGAGGUCUAAUUUGAACUGUUGAUGACAUAUUGUAGAACAAUUAUUUUCCUGCUAGUAUAUCUUUAAGUGGAAGAGAAGUCAAUCACUUAUCUUCUAUUAAAUUAGUAUUGGGCCACCUGUUGCAGAGCAGAAACAUAUAAUUGUACAUAACUACCACCACCCUAACCCUGCUAAAUAUAAAUCUGAGUAGGUGGAUCAGCAAGGAUUACAUCAGAUUUUGCUAAACUCGCCCCUUUUUUUAUUUCCAGGGAUUUGAUGGGGUGGUGCAGAGCUUCAAGUGAAUGUUUCCAGGCCAGAAAUGUAUGAGGUGCCUUUCUUGUUUCUUAUGCUGCCGCUUGUUUGUUUUUCAUAGGCUACAGAAGCUUGGCCGUAGAGCUGUUUUCCACUGACUUGAACCCCGUGGUGCAGGAAUUUUACCGUAAGUGUGGCAAGGCAAAGAAACAUUGGAAGCUACUUUUUGUGGUCAAUACUUUUGUUCAUAUAGCUUAAUAUUGUCUACACUGGAUGGCAGAGGCUGUUCACAGUCUCUGAAAGAAAGUCGAAACACAGCUUAGCACGAACGUGGGGGCUCCUGGAGAGGAGAUAGUGGCCGCUUUGCUCCCCUUUUGGUCCUGCUGCUGCUGUGAGCCAAGCCAUGGCUUGGCUUAGCGUGUAGGCCGAAACCAGAUUCAUGGUUCGUCUUGUUCCCGAUAAACCACAAGCUGCAACCAAAGUUUGUUGUGGGUUGGGGACAAAUCACAAGCCUGGGUUCGGAUGGCAGCCUAGGCCAAAGCAAUGCUUAGCUCACAGCAGUGCAACAGAUGCAGUAUUGGAAGAAGGCUGAAGUUACUGUGAUCUACUCUCCAGGAGUCUAUGCUUCUGCACCAAGUCAUGCCUUGGCUUGUGUGUAAACUGAACCAGAGGUCUUCCUUGCCCCUGCCCGGAUAUGCCAGAGCUUGAACCUGGGACUUUUUGCAAGCAGAACAUGUGUUCUCUCACUGAGUUAUGACCCUUCCGAAGAACUGGAUGGUAAGGAAAGCCAGUAAUCACCCGGAUAUUAACCAGGCCUGAUCCUGCUUUGCUUCAGUGCCAAACGUUGUCAGGUGCCAUCAAGCUACUCACUGGGACAGGAGCAGCCAAUGUGGUGCCCUCCAGAUGGACUUCAACCUCCCAUCAGCCUCAUCCAGAAUUGCCCGUGGUCAGGAAUAAUUGGAGCUGUAGACCAGCACCAUCUAGAAGGCACCACGCUGGCCAACCCCACCAGUGCUUGCAGGAACCAAACAGUUCCAAAUUGCAACUUCAUCAGGGCUCCUAUGCAUUUAAUGGGCAAUACAUAAAUGUUAUAAUAAAAUGAGAGUUCCACCCCCCCCACACACUUUCUCCAAAACCCCAACCCUCUGAUCCUUUUACGAGACACCCCUCUCUGUCACCUCACACCCAGCAUGUCCAGCCAGUUGCAAGAAAUUGUUGGCAUGAACUAGAUUACUGUUUUUGUAUUUUCUCCCAGUAGUUGCUGUCUGUGUUGGCUGCUCACUUGCUGGCUCAGGUCCACAAUCUCCCGUCCAGCAGCUUCUGAGUUUCAGCAGAUUUUUCUCCACUUGGGAGGCAGAUGGAAGGCGAGGUUCUUGGCUUCACACGGCGAGGCUUUUCCCUGGAAAGGCUACGUAAAUGACAAGAUGUUCCUUCUUAAUCUGUGCUUGUGUGUGUUCCUUCUGCAGGUGCUGAGCUUUCCUGCAUCAUCACUUCCACCAAGACAGUCAAUCCUAGGAUUGAAUGGAAGAAAAUUGCGGGCAAGGACACAAGCUACGUGUAUUUUGACCACAAGAUGCAGGGUAGGAAAUGUUUGCAGUGAUUUUCUUCUGGAGGUUUCAUUUGGACCCCGAGCAACUUUCUGUUCAGAGUUUCAAAAAAGCAGAUGGGUGCCUAGAACUUUUUGCCAUUUCCACUUAAGGCUUUGUGAGCUAUGAGGGCUAACUAAGAUUUCCAGGGGGCCAGAUGUAUCAGGGGACACCUUCCACCCUUCUUCCUUGCUUUUCUGUAGGAGACUGGGUGGACCGUGCAGAGCUCCAUGGGAGGACAUCACUGAUCAUCCACAAUGUGACCCGUGCAGAUAAAGGCAUCUACCGGUGCGAGGUUGCGGCUCCUGAAGACACACAUAUUGGAGCUGAGAUCAACAUCAACCUGACAGUUCAUGGUAUAAGCCUAGAUAUCCUCACAUUGUGCACGUACACAGGGAUUGGAUGCCUUUUGUUCAAAUCACUUGGUGCUAGGAAUGGCUUUGUUCCAUCCUGUUUCAUUCCCGUUGGCGCUCAGUCAUAGACCUGCACAUCCCGUUAUGUGCAGAUUUUUCAAAAGGCACAAAAAGCCUGCAUUUAAUUGUACACAUUUUGUGAGCAAUUUCCCCAUAAACUGCAGCUUUUCCAGUGCUUUUCAAUGCAUUUCCCCUUAAGAUGUGCAGCUUUUUUAAAAAUGUAAAAUAUAUUAGCUAUAAAUUCUUUGGAGAAGGAGAAAUAUAUGAGUACAUUAAAGUACCUUUUACCAGUCUCUCUAACUCACUGCUGUCUACUUUACGCAGAAGAGUCUUCCCAGUCUCAAGGGGAGGUUUCUCCCAGCCCUGUCACCUGAGAAUCCUCUUAACCCGAAGUCCCAGGAGCUCAGCUGCAGAACUUCUGCUCUGUCGCUUUGUGAUAAGGGCUGAUUGAUGCCCAAUGGACAGUGAGACAGCAGUUGAUGCCUGGCAAGCUUGCUAUGUUGGUCCCCUAUUCAGCCUUGACGUCUGCCUAGCUUCUGAGACCAGGAGCAGGGAGCCAUUAUUGUUGUUAUUAUUUAAAGCAGCUUGAUCUUAUAAUGUGCUAAAAAUCAACCAAUCACCAAUUUCCCAAUCCUCUCAGAUCAUGCUUCUUGAGAGCCGGCUUGGUGUGAUCUGUGGGGCUAAUUACAGCGCAGAGUGAGGCCUGCAGCUGUGGCCUGUCUCUGCCUUGCUCUGUUGCUUCCCUGCUCUCUGGCUCACAAGACUGGGGGGCAAAACCACACCCAAGCAUUGUGCAUGUUUUUUGCAGUGUUCAUUGGAGUGGUGCUCUUUGUGUUUAUUUUGUAACCGACUUGGAGUGGUUUAGCUUCUACUCUAUUCAGCAUGAAGGGAUGAAUGAAACACAUGUUGGGUGGGAUGUGAAUAGUGGCAAAUGAUUAACCAGUCUGACUUACCUAGUGGGCAUCUCUUUCCCCAACAGUGAAACCAGUGGCCCCAAAGUGCCGAGUGCCCCAGUCAGUGCCCGUGGGUAAAUCUGCUACUCUCCACUGCCAGGAAAAGGAAGGCUUCCCCGAACCAACUUACAAAUGGUACCGUAAUGGUGAAACUUUGCCUCUUGACUCCAAAGCCAGCUCCAAAUUCCAGAAUUCCUCCUUCACUGUGAACACAAAAACGGGCACGUUGGUAAGUCUCACGCGGAAGGCAGGCAGGCAGAGGAAGGGUGGAUUGUCCUAUCUUUUGGGCAGCAUGUUGGAUUGGAUCAGGGUUAGCCAAUGUUGGUGCCCUCCAGAUGUUGUGAACCAAAAGUCCUGUCGGCCCUAUCAAGCACGGUCAGUGGCCAAGGAUUAUGGGAGUUGUAGUUCAGCAACAUCUGAAGGGGCACAGUUUAGCCACCCCUGAAUUGGAUGGUCUUCUGUUCACCCCUAACUAUAAUGCUAUUAGCCUGUUCAGACAUUCACUGAAAUGGAAAUUUUCAGUGAGGAGUGGGGACAUACGGGCAUCCCCCUGGACUUAACCGUCCAGGGGUCCUUCACCUUCACCUUUACCUUUACCUUUACCUAUGAUGCUCACAAUGUCACAAGCUGAUGUGCAUAAAUGUGUACCCAGACAUACCUGAUUUGCAGAAUCUUUUUUUUUCUUGGAAAAUGAGUUUCAGAGGGACUGUUUAAUUAACUUAUUUAUUAAACUUAAUAGUUGCUUCUCACCCCAAGGUCUCCAAGCGACAACCACCCACAAUACCAUAAGGGAAGGGAAGAAUGGGGGGGGGGGUGGAUUGUACAAUACAUCAUCAAUAUAUUGCCUACUGUUAACAUUUAUGAAAGAACACACCUACCAUACAAACUACGCUCAGAUAAUAAACAAACAAUGCUCUGACCCACUAAUUAGCAGAUAAAACAACUGUUUUGUUCCCCUUUUAACGUCCUGCUCCACCCAAAAGGCUGGUUUCAGGCCAGCUAUUGCAAAUCAGCUGUGGGUGGGUCCAGCAUCCUCCUCCAGGGAUACUCCAACUCCACUCCCUUCAGAGGAGAGCUGUAGCAAAGCAAAGCAGGAAGAUGGUAGCAACUCAUUUUCCUGCUUUGCAGUUGGUCUGGCUUAAGUUUUUGCUUGUUUAAUGAUGUCUGUGCUGGGUAUGUGCACCUGCUUUCUCAUAUAAGGGAUGGGAAGUUUGUACAUUUAUGACUGAUGGUUCACGGUUGAAAACAGUCUGCUUCUCUAUGCCUGGUGACAGAAACUUGAGGCCAAGCGGGGUUGUUGUUUUAACCAACCAUCUGGCCUUGAACACUUAGAUCUUUCCCCACAAUAUUUUUUUUAAAAAUCACAAAAAAUUGGGCAGCCAGCCAUUUUAAUAGCGCCCCUUCAUGCAUUUUAGAGGCACCUAAGUUUGUCCUAUAAAUCCAAAAUACAUUUUUACCAGGCACUUUAUUGCAUAACGUGUCAUUUGAGCGUGCAAGGGAGCACAGAAGUUUCAAAUCCAGAGGCAAAUUAGUAUCAUUAAUAAGAAAUAUGCUUAUUCUUAAGAAACCAGCUCAUUUCAAGCGCAAAACCUAAAAUAUAUUAUUUCUCGGUGGCUGCAAAUUCAUUUCUGACUGAAUGAUGGUAUAUGGUGUUGCCGCCCACCUUUUUGGGAUGGUAGUUAAGAACUUUAGAAAUAGCACAAAUUGCUAGAUUAACAGAUGCUGGGGGGGGGGGAGAUUAUUUCUGUAGAGUUUUUUCCUUUUUCCAGAAAUUUACCUUUUUAAUGCGUACCAGAACGCAUAUUAUAAUGCUGCAAGACUGGGUGCUGUUAUAUUUUAUGUAGAAUACUCAUUCAGAAAUUAAAAAGAAAAGAAAAUUUGUUUCUAAAAGAAAGCUCUUUGUACUAAUGGCUUAUUCUUACGGUUUAGGUCAGCCUUUCACAGACUGGUACCCUCCAGAUGUUGUUGCACUCAGGCCCUUUCAGCUCUACCCAGCCUGGCCAAAGAACCAUAUAGGCACUCAAGUUGCUGCUUUGAUGGCUGUCACUCAGAGCAGUGUUUCACUUUUGGAGUAGGGUCGUAUCUCAGUGGUAGAGCAUCUGUUUUGCAUGUGGGAGGCACCAGGUUCAAGCCCUGGCAUCUCCAGGUAGCGCUGUCUGAAACACUGGAGAGAUGCUGCUGGUCAGUGUAGACAAUACAGAGCUAAGUGGACUAGGGGCAUGAAUCAGUAUAAGGCAACUUCCUGUGUUCCUAGUGGGAGCUGGUGAUGCCAAGCUGGCCAAACCUUAGCAAUAAUGGCUGAUAUACAACUCAUCACACUUGGGGUCUGGAGGGAACUGGCAGGGCAUUGCCUUGGUGGCUCAUAGUGAACCUUUAUCUAGUCCAGUAUUCUGCCUCAAACAAUGAGGACUCCCUGCUCCAGCAGAUGCUUUGUGAAAGCUCACAGACAGGAUGGCAAAGACCACCUUUCCUCCUCUGUUAUUUGUCCCCAGCAUCCUGGUAUUCCUAGGUAGACUGCCUCUGAGCCUGGAGGCUCCAUUAGGCUAUCAUAAUAGCUAAACGAUAGUCCUUCCCUCCACUAGUUUGGCCAGUCCUUUUAUUUGUAAGCCAUCUAUGAUCAACCUAUUACCUCAUUUUGUGGCAGCGACUCCCAUAAGUUAAUUGUGCAUCAAAUAAAGGAGAGAAAGAUUUCCUUAAUGCUUGCCUGUUUCAUUGCGUUACUCUUGAGUUUCAGUCACUAACAAGAGAGGAAAAAAUGCCCUCCCUGCCGGCAUUCAUUUUCUCCAUUUUACUAAUUGAUGCUAUAACCCCACUAGCAUUUGUAGCGGAGCACCUUUUUCCCAACGUCGCACACGAAGAGAGCGAAGGAGCUGCCAGCCUCUCUUUGAUCUUUCCCUCCUUAAAAUGUUCAGUAGUUCUUCCAAGUGCUAAAUAUAGAUACAAAACGUAGGAGACACUUCUGUCCCUUCAGCAGGCACUCACGAUGUCCUCUGCCAGCCUCAAUUUACACUUUGGCAAGAGAGGGCUUCCUCAGCAGUUUUCUGCCAGGGGAGAACCAGUUGCUGGUUCGUUCCUGGACCACCGGCCUAGCACAGCACGGGGAAUGCUUCCAUUAUUCAUAUCAAGUAGAGACAGUCAAAGUGCCAGGUCAUUUCUGGGGCUCCCUGCAUUCCAUGGACCUAGCAGGCUGGGGGUAUGUUCUGCAUUCCCAGCAGAUCGGCUUUUUAUGCUCUCGCUCUCAGCCCCAUCAAUUUUUAUAAUGGUGAACUUGAGUGGCCACUGAGAAGCAGGAGGGAGGCAUCACCAGCAAGGCUCUGUGGAACCCAGAGGUAUCCAGAAAUACAAAAACUGGGGAAAGCAUUUGACUGAUGACUAAGCAUGGUCAGUAGCCCUGGAGUGUUCGCCUGUCAAUUGGAAAAGAAAACCAGCUGUUGGAAAUGGAAUGGAAUGCCUUGGAAAGGGGGUACAGCUCAAUGUCUGGAUCCCUGAAAAUGAAUGCUCCCAUUAGGAGGAAGGGUACACACUGCCACUUUCUGUUUCGGGCCCCGCUUGUAGCUUCUAAUUCUCUAGGUAGAGUUCAGAGCCAGUUUACACAUUCAGGGGGGGAAAGGCAUGUGGUGCAGACAUCUGGGACCGUGCCAUUUCAGAAUGCAGAUGGGGGGAGGGAUAUUAUAGGUAUUACUCUGUCAUCCAUAGGCAUGCCUUGUGCUUUACAAAACACAAGAGGACAGCCCCUCCUGGUAUAUAAUUCAGUGCAGUGGGGAGAUGAGAGGAAGGAAAUGGAGGCAAAGGAAAUGGGAGGGGUAUGCAUUUAUUUCAUGCUCUUCAUGUAGAAAAUGUCCCUGUAUGCAGAAAGCAUGCUAGGCUUAAACCUUCCUCUCUCUUAAGCGCUGCUUUUUCUACACGCAGGGAGUUUUUUUGAUGGAAGGAGCCUUCAAAUAUGUGACCUCCCCCCUCCAACCACCCCCACCCCAUUCUGAAAGGGUACAGUCUCACAGAAUGUACUGUACAAGAAACACACUGAGUGCUUGGGGAAAGCUUUCAUAAAUACCACCUAUUACUGGGAAUCACAACUUGUAUUUGUGCAGGUCUUCAGCGAAGUGCAAAAAGGAGACACGGGCCGUUACACCUGUAGAGCGACGAAUGCCGUGGGUGAUGCCUGGUGCGAGGAGAUGGAGAUGGAAGUCUGUGAGUCUAGGAAGUGGGGCAGGGGUGUUUUUUUGCUGAUGUUCAGGAUGCAUUCUUUCCCCCGCAAACAGGGAGGGGCUGGAUGUUCAUGGCUGUCUUUUCUCCUCCAGAUGACCUUAACAUUGCUGGGAUUGUUGGAGGGGUCAUGGUGGUCAUUGCUGUCCUAUUGCUGACUACGGUGGGAAUCUGCUGCGCAUACAGGAAGGGAUUAUUUGUGAACAACAAGCAAAAUGGAAAUAGGUAAGCCUAAGCAACUGAUUCCUCAUCUCACUGCUUUCCCCCCAGGUGAUUUUCUCUCAGCAGAGGGAGCGAAAGACCAUGUGAUUAAAGCCAAUCUGCAUGCACACAUGGGACUGGGUUGCAUGUAAGGCCAACUGCUUUAAAGAGCAAAUGCCUCAAAUCUGGUGCAAUGAACUGAGCGCUCAUUACACAAGGUAAAAGAAUUCUAACAAAGGGGCACUCUCAAUGGCUGCAGGACAGUCAGCUCACAUAGGCAGCUGCCUUCCGACAGAAGCACAAGCAAUGGCCUACUCUCCCUACUUUGAAUGGAGAGAAACAUUAAAGGAAGCAGUCCUUGGUGAUAUUGCUACAGUGGUACCUCUGAUUGUGAACAGGAUCUGUUCCGGAGGCACGUUCGCAACAUGAAAAGAGUGCAGCCCGCAGCGGCGUGUCUGCGCAUGCACGGGUUGCGAUUCACUGCUUCUGCGCAUGCGCGUGACGUCAUUUUGCAUUUCUGCGCAUGCGCAAGCAGUGAAACCCAGAAGUAACCCUUUCUGGUACUUCUGGGUCGCCACGGGACGUAACCAGAAAGAACGUAACAUGAGGUAUGACUGUACAGUGGUACCUCAGGUUAAGUACUUAAUUCGUUCCGGAGGUCCGUUCUUAACCUGAAACUGUUCUUAACCUGAAGCACCACUUUAGCUAAUUGGGCCUCCCGCUGCCGCCACGCCACCGGAGCACGAUUUCUGUUCUCAUCCUGAAGCAAAGUUCUUAACCCGAGAUACUAUUUCUGGGUUAGCGCAGUCUGUAACCUGAAGCGUAUGUAACCUGAAGUGUAUGUAACCCGAGGUACCACUGUAUUUCAAAGUGUGGGAGGGAUGACAAGUCAGUGGCAAUGUGUGUGUUCUUCUGCAUGCAGGAAGUCUCAGGUCCAGUUCAAAGAAUCUCUAGUUUAAAAAGAUCUGUUUGCCAGCUGAUGGGAAAGGUCUCUUUCUAUUUGAGAACCCUGGGGAGACACUGCCAGCCAGAGCUGGCAAUACUAGGUUAGGUGGACAAGUUGUCUGACCUGUGAUGAAGCAUCUCCCUGUGAAGACAGUGCCAGCCUUGUUCUUUGGGUGGGUGUUCACAUUCCCUCAUCAAAAGAAAUGGGGGUGAUGGUGAUUUUCGAAGCUGGGGGAUAAGCUCUGACUGUAGCAGAUUUGCCCAUCCUGAGAGAACCAGGGCUUCUGGAAUGCUGCAGGUCAGGAUGGGAGCACACAAGUGAAAUAAGGCAGGAUGGAGAUGCAGGGCCCAUUCUCAACAGGGCCCCUGUGCCCUUUAAUCUAUGCCUGUGCAGUUUUGCAUCAUGGCUUCUGAACACAGGAGUUUUAACUUACUGGCACUGGGCAGAAACCUUGUGCUCAGACGCCUGACUUCAUUUCUGUCAUCUGGUGCUCAACUUUCCCGUUACUGCAUCUGCUGGGUGACGUGAAAUGAGGCAACUUUCCUGCGACCAGCUGCAGUAGUGAGUGAGCCCAAAGGGAGCAGAUGGCUUAAAAUUAGUCACAACAGGAAAUGACACCCGAGGAAAAGGAAGACCCCGGGGCAGUGACCGGAGAAAGAUAACGUUGUUCCCAUCUUAAUUUGUUAAAACUGACUCAGGCUUCCGAGCUGCCGGGGCUUAGGAGUUGGAGAUCACCCUUGCUCUUAGAGCAGCCGUUGAAGUGCUCCAGCUUGGGUAUAUCUUCAGUUCGAUGUUUCUGUUUAAUCGCAGAGCAUAUACAUAACACAAAGAGCAGGAAGUGUGUGUUAUUUGGUUUUAUAUAAUCAAUACUAAGACAGAAACAAACCCUUCUAAACUCUCGAAAAAGUUGCUUUCCCCAGCUGUUCUCCCAUGAUGCAGCAGGUCUGCUGAGCGUGAGGUACAAAUGAGCCCACUGUGCAGAGCACACAGCUCAGCAGGGCUGUUCUUGGGUCAGGGAGCAUUUUCUCCUAGCCAAAUGCCAAGCUACCAAACCACCAAGUUCUGCCUGAAAGGCGGGUUAGUGCCCACAGCUUUCUUUCUCCUUCCCGUCCCUCCCAACUUCACUCCUGUCGGCAUUUUGUCUUGCCUUCUCCUUGGACUCCUUUAGUAUUGCUCCAAAUGGGCAUUCUCAGAAUUCAUGUCUGCUUAUUUCAGUGCAAUGGAAAGAAACUUUGGCCCUUUCGAUUUGCCAUUAUGGGGAAACCUUUUUGGACCUCCUGGCUUUUAAGAGUUCAAGCUGCAGGUACAGAGCACGGUGCGUCCUUUCUGAGCCCCAGACCAGCCUAUGCAUUUUACCCUGCAGUUUUGUAAUGUUCCCUGCGAUCUCUUCUAAAUAAAUACAUAGGUAAAAUCAUGUGAGGGAGCACACACACAGUCCUCCCAGCAACAGAUGCUUGAAAACCAGUGAUCUAACUAAGAGCCUUCUUUCCGCGCCGCGAGUAAAUUGUGUAUUCCUUGUUUCCAGCUACAAGACUCCAGCGAAGCCAGACGGUGUGAACUACAUCCGCACAAAUGAAGAGGUAAGAAGGUCCCCCGGGGCCCAAAGUCAAUAGAUAAAUUUGAAAUAGGUUAGAUCUCAGGGCGAUGCAUUCACUGCGGCGUUUGAGAUGAGCCAGGGGAGGCAGCUCCAAAUAGUGGAUAGACGUUGGUGCUGACUUUGGACGUUGAAGCUUCUUGGUUCAAUGCUGCUUUUAUAUAUAUUUAAAAGGCACCCUCUCCCAUAAUGCUCAUUUAAUAAUUAGGGCAGAGUUCCAGGGCUAUGUGCCCUCUGGAUAAACAAAUUCUAUGUUUCUAUGAAUUCAACUGCUGGACUGGGAAAAGAUGGGUUCUGUGACCUGUGUAAAUUAAGAAAAAUUGACCUGAUUUGCAUAUUUGUUUCUUAUUUAUAAAUUAUGUGUUUAAUUCCCCCCAGCCCAGUUUUGCUUGAAGUUUUCAGCCUUUGCUAGUAGUGGGUGAGAGAAGGCAAUGAGCUGCUUUCCUCCAGAGUUGUAUAGAUUAAAUAAUUAUAUCCCAAAUUAUUUUAUUUGCACAAGGUGUACAGGUUCAUUGCAUGCAACUUUGGGCUUUUUAAGUGCAGAAUAGAUGUGAAUCCGGGCUUCCCUUCGAAGUGCAAUUAUUUAGCUUCACAAGGCAGAACAAAGCACCUUGAAAGUUAAAUGGAGGAAGCCAGGUCUCUGCCCCAAGCAGCUUUCAACGGUAGGGGAGCCGACAACAGAAAGGGAGGAAUGAGUAAAGGGAGGCAAGAAAGGGAGGAAUGUGAGCGAGUGCCGUUAGCAAGCACCCUUCCUGCCCAUGCGCGGCUUGAUCUGCUUGCCACUUUCCCAUCCUGUCUGACCUUCUCAGGCCGGUGAGAGAAACAAAAUAUCUACCCUGCAGCAGAAACACGCAGGUGGCUGCUUUAAGGAGCCCUGGGGUCAUUCAGAACCACAAGCUAAAGGGUGAGCUGCAGCCGCCUUUGUAUGACUCCACCUAUAGGAAGAGGCCAGGGAAGUCUCAGGAGAUUGUGUUGGUUGGAGCACUACAUGUGGCAGGUGUGAGUGGGAGGCCGAGGAGGAGGAAGAACAGAGUGCUGCUUUCUUGACUCCAUCGCCUCCAUUCUGAAGCCACACGGACCGAAGGGAUGUGUGGAAAACCCAGAACCCCUCGUAAGUCUUAAGUGUAGGAUACAAAAAUGGCCUAUAAUGACUCCGUUUCAUAGAAUGACUUUGCUUUAAUUUAGGCUGGGGCAAGCAGUUGCAGGAGGUGUACCCUAUAGAACUUCUAUACCCCCCCCACCUGAAAACCUUUCUUGUUUCUCCAUUCCAGGGUGACUUCAGGCACAAGUCGUCAUUUGUGAUAUGAAAUGGCAGAAGAAAUCUGGAUUUUGCCCAUCAGCAAGAAUGGAAUAUGGAUAGAUCCUCCUUCUGGAACUCUUUAUGAAAGAGCAGAUAACAAACGGCGUGUGCAUGGAUGCGCUUUAGAGGAAAACUGAACAAAUCACCCAUGCACACAAACACACACACACGUGUGCAUACCUGAUUUUUAUUUUUUGGCCAAAGUCAAGCGAUGAUUUCUUUCUUUCUUUUUAAAAAUAACCAAACCAAUCUCUUCUUCCCUGGAAAGUGCCAUGUAGAUCAGCACAGUCCAGACCCUGUGGACAAGGAGAGGACCUUUGGCAGGAGAAAAAACGAUUCCCUAAAAGUAUCCAUGGGACCACGUUCCUCCAUCAUUCCUCCAUGCCACUGGAGGCUGUGGAGCUGCCUCCUGCCAGCGUUUUACAGAUUGCCAGGCUACCAGCACUUAAAAGGGGAAAUCUUAGAAAUGGGCUUACACUACUUCCUUUUCCAUUUCUUCUCUCUCUCGUUUUUAAUUCUCAGAAGUGUUAACAAUGGCAGUAGAACGAAAUUCUGCCUAGAGAGAUCAGAAAGGCCCUACUGGCCAGCUAAGCAUCUGGUGACCUGAUGCUUUGAGUUGGAAUCCUGCACUCUCACAGCAGCUGCGUUGAAAAGCACAGAAGCAGUGUGUGCUUUCGUUUUCCUAAAGUGCAAAUAACGGAAACAGCAGACACUUCCAGAGCCCCCCAGAAACUAUGUUGCUGCCAGCCAAUUGCUGUAAUUCUUGCCAACGGUGUCCGCUUAUUAAACAUGCACACAAGGCACCAAUCAACACAUGGAGAUGGCAGGAAUUCCAGGAUGGUGCCAUAGGAUGCAGUUCCCAUGACAACACACACUGCACAAAUAGGAUGCCAUGAGCCUUCUGCCAUCAAAGCAUCCUAGGGCUUAGGAGGCUACCAUAGUCUUUAUUGAUGUCUUUUGUGCACCAUGCCCUUUCACAAAAGUACUCUAAGCGUGGGGGCGGCACCCUCUCACGAGUCUAGAUAUAUACAAGCCACAUUCCUUGCUGAGGCUUAUAUGCUCUUGACACUCUGCUGUGAUUUUCUUCUGAGUCAGUUGCAAUCCUCCAUUGUGUCUAGGAACAGUGAGGAAGUAAGUGGGACAGCAAUUCCCUUCUCCCCACUGAGUGUUCGUUAAGGUAUGACAAAGUAUUUCAUUGUCAUAACUUUUUGCUGGCGGAGAAGGCAGAUUAAGAGGGUGGGAUUUGGUCUAGGAUAGCCAUUCCUCUGAUCCUACACUGUCUCUGGCUCACGCCUCCCCACCUUGUAGUUGACAGUUGUCAUGCCAUCACCACACUUCACUAUAACAGCUUAAUUUGGGCUUAGGUGAUGGACAUCAGAUUGUAGUUCUGGCAGUUAACCUCUGUAUCAGCAAUGACAGAACUAAGUGAAUGAUUCUCACAUUGAAAAAUAGCAUGCCGUCGGGAAGGUUAGGCGAAAAUCCUUCUUGCUGACAUUCUAGUUUUCUCUGUGUGGGGUGUUUUAUUCUGUAUAGUGGAGCAUCUGGUCAUGUGAGCCACCCCUACCUGUAUUAGGAAGUGGUACCACAUAGGUGAACCACCUCGCCUUGGAGUUAUCCAGGUGUUAAGGGUUUUCUUGGUGAUGCUGCCUUCAGCCAGCCAGUGUAACUUGUGGAUUCAAUUAUCACGUUGUUAGAAAGACUGGGAUUUGGAGGGUGGUGCUGGCAAAAAAUAUAUAUAUUUGUGUGUUUGUGUGAAUCUGCUUUAACUGCUUGGGAGGAUUCUUUGGUCAUUCCAUCUUUUUUAUUAUUCAGUAGGCUGAUCAGACGGUGCAUGGUCAGCUCAGCCUUGUCAGUUUCCAGUGCCACAAGUUGGUUGUGUCAUCCUGCUCCUCCACCGCCACCCCCCGUUUGGCGUCUCCAAAUUGAGGUUUUGCCCACAGCGAAAUUCCCAAGAAACCCACAUGAAGCAGGAUAGAGUGGGACAGAGAACCUUUGCCGAAUUUUCCAUUCAAUGUCUCCGCAAUGUUUCAGCCAUGUUCAGGCCAGCGUGAGAACAUUUCUUCCUCAUUUUACAUCAAAACGCCCCCUGUGCGCAUACAGCACCUAAUUCCGCUAAUCUGCAUUGAGCAAUCUUGCCUGUUGUGCACCCCUUUCCAUGCCAGUCAAAGCAAACAGGUGCUUCCCUGGACAGGUAAGCGCAAAAGCCAAACCUUCUGUGCAGCAGGGCUGAAAUUCCAACAUGGUACCAAGACUGACGGCAAAGCUUUUCUACCGUUCCUCCUUUUGUAGAAUUCCGCAUUCUAAAGUUUUUGCAAAGAUAUAUUUUGAUUACUUAAAAAAAAAAGUGGUUAAUGUUUCUAUUUAAAAUGUAAAUAGGUUGGUAGGCCAAACAGUGUUUAAGUAAUAAUGUAGCUUUUUUGAAAAAAGCUUCUUAGGUUUUGUUUAAUGACAGGUGGGAGAUCCUGUGCUGAUUCAAACCAUAUCAGUAUUGUUAACAGAGCACAGAAAACUGUAGAAGACAAGGAAAGUGGGCAGCUUGUUCUCUUCCUGUUUCCCUUUAUUUGGGGUUGGGGGUGGUUGGGGAAUAAGACAUCUUGUAAUCUGCAGGAAUAAUUGCUUUUAUCUCUCAGUAUUUCUGCUCUUCCUGCAGCAACAAAAUGGACCAGGAUGGAAGGAACUGUACAAUUAGUUGCAGGAAGGGAAGUGUUUUAUCAGAUGGCAGCCUUCUGAUGCGUCACGCCGAACGGACAGGUUUGUGGUAGAAUGUGGCGUUAGAAGGAAAAGCCCCAAAUGUGGGCAAGACCUUUGGCACACCCAGGGCAGCUGUAACCCUUUGGAUGUUCCCAUUGAAUCCUGGACAGACGUAAAAGCAAAAGAAGAGGAGGAGUUGCCAAAUGAAUCUUGUUAAGUUUUAAGAAGGCUAAAGCCGCCUCCCUCUUAAUCUCAUGUGAUUCAUUCAGUUUCAACUCGAAAAAACUUGGGUCACAAAUUAGAAAAGGAGGUUGAUUGAGAAAGUACACAGGGUCCCCCCCUUUUUUUAGUAGUAAUGAUGGGGGCUGCCAAUACAUCUAGCUAUAAACUGAUAAUUCCGAGUUUCUUGCCAUGUUUUAUUCCGCCGUCUGGAAGGGUGCUGUGGGGCCAGUCAUUGUGCUGCAAGAACAAUUUCCUGCCGUGGGAUGGGGGUGGGGAAGAGGGGCAAGCGUGUGUUUCUUCUUUUUUAAAAAAGCAUAGCGUACUUUUGCAGCAAUGGUGUUUUUCAACUACCAAUUUUAUGGUCUUAACUUUGGAUGCAGACAGUAUUUUAUAUUAUUAUUGCAUUUUUUGAUUUUUUUUGGACUGUUUUGUGUUUCCUUUGUUCAUGGUCUGUAUUAAUCUGCCUUGGAAUAUCCAAAACAGCGAGUGGAUUUUUCUUUUUUUUUCUCUUGGAGUGUGUGUGUGUUUAAAGAGAGUUUGGAGAUGUCAUUGAUGUGUUUCGUUUCUUUGCAGGGGCCCAGAUCCCUCCCCUCUCUUUUCCAGCUAAGGUGGCAACAAUAAAGGGGAAGCUGUACCAGGGCAUUUCACUGCCGCUAUCUUGUUUUGAUUUAACCAUGGCUACCUCUAAGAGGCAUUCAACCAAAGCAUAAUUUUCUUCCACUGCCGAAAUGCUUCCCCCCUCUAAACCUCAGUGAUAGAAUAGGGUUGCCUUCAGAAUCAAAACAGCUCUCCUUUCCACUUUUGUUUGUUCAUUGUGCUGCUUGGCAGAGAGCAGAGCAAAGGCUUGCAGUAUUAUAAUUUAUUAGAAGGAAUUGAAAUGAAGGGCUAGCAGCACCACCCACCUUUGAGACAUGUCUGCACGACUCAAGCCCAUCUGGGAUUAGCAGUCAUGAUUUGCAGGCUGGGAAAAUGGUAGUUCUGCAAGAGGGAUAAGGUCUUAGCACAGGGAUGGGGAGCCAGUCGGGUCCUCCUGAUUCUGUUGGAUUCUAGCUCCUUUUAGCUCCAGCCAACAUGGCAAAGAGUCAAGGAUGAUGGGAUUUGGAGUCCCAACAGCAUCUGGAGGACUACAGUUUCUCUCCAGCCCCAAGCAGAAAUAUAGUCCAUCCCCUUUGCAAAGCUGCCACUGUAGGAUAUUGGGUAGCUGGUGCCUAGGUAUAAGGGGAACAUGGAGGUUUGGUUCUCAGUAGGCUUGGGAGCAGGGAGAGGACUCUGUUAAACAGCAAGCUGGGGGAUUCAGUGUGUGCUAUCAGGGCACCUGGCUAAGGCUGAAUUGGUCUUGGGUUCAGUUCUUUCAGCGCUGCCACUUUGCACACAAAGUUGCAGAAUUUUGGAUGGUGCAGUUAUAAGAAUGCAGUUGGAGAAACCAUUUUUGAAUGGUCCUCUGUGGCUUAAAAAAAACAACAAGCCACCACCACUAGAGAUAACAAAGUCUCAAUUAAGGAGGAAAACAAUGCAGUUUGGUAUACGGAGUUAACUUUUCACUUAGGAAAGUGGUUUUUUCCUUUUAAAUAAGUGAAUGAAUUUUUCACUUAUACUCUGAAAUGCUACUGUCCAUCCUACCACCUCUCAGGACCAUACUGUCCCAUUCUGCAGCAGGUGACCAUGCAGCCCCGUAUCAUGCAAAAGGAGGGGGUAGAGUGGGGGAGCAUACCACUUCAACCUGCAGGUGGUGAGGGGGUCAUUUUUUGAAUGCUCUACACACCAAGCAUGCAAUAAUUUAGCACUUAAGGAAGAAACUGUUCAUACGGUCAUUUCCUCGAGAUGCUUCCUUUAUAAGCAUGCACUGUGUUUUAGAUGGAAGACUGUUUAAAAAUGUGACCCUGCUAGCUGCAGUCUAAAGUGGCACAAGCCUGCCUUUUUACCACCAUAAUCUGCUCUUAUAUAGGAGUUGGCUGUGGUUGUUGCCUUCAAUGAAGUGUUCUUCCAAAAGGUGAAAAGGGAGAAAGACCUAGAUAGGAGGGAACGAUUAUUCAUCUCCUUUUUAUUUAUACCAUGGGAGUAUCUUAGAUUGAAGUCAUAUCAGUAGAUCCAGUUUUGUCACAUAGAUGGGUGCUUGAAAGGCUGAUUCCUCAUUUUACUUGGAUACUCCACCCCCGAAGAACAUGACUAUUCUGGGUUCAGAAAUGUACCAGUGGCAUCUCUUCCCAGGUCAGGGGUGUCCGCCCUUGAAAUAGCUUCACAGAAUUCAUUGUAAAUAUUUGACAAGUUUGUACUAAUGUGUUGCAUUUAACUUUGCCAAGAAUGUUUUACAUAAAUAUAAAAAGAAAAGGUG